AUGGAGACCAACAAAUGUCAGAAGAGAGAAAGAAUCGUGAUUUUACUUUAAUUAUGGGCACAAUACGGCUCAGCCGACUUGUUUCCUUAUUUUAUUUUGCAAAUAGAUUGCUUUUAUUACAAUGUGCAGAUGGGCAGCGUCUUGGCGUUGAGUUGGAGAUAAGACCAGCAGGGAAUGUGAUCGUCUGGCCAGGGGAGAGAAUUCAGGCAAACUGUUCUACAGAGCAAAUAUCAACACCAUUCUCUUUGAAGUGGGAAAGGAAAGAUCCAGAUAAUAGUACCAUAUUCCAACAACAUCGCAUUGACAAGAGAACCCAGUCUCUACUGAUUCCAAACGCCCAGCCUCGUGUCAAUGGCAUUUACCUGUGUAUCCUCGAAGAUAGCAGAAACGUGGUCCACUCUAAACCACUCCAGAUAAUUGUCAAGGGUACCCUGUCAGAUGAGUCAGUAACUAUAAAACAUCAGCGGAAGUUGCCGUGUGAGGAGGUCAGCCUGUUUUGCAACAAGUCGCCAAGUAUACCGAUAUCUUGCAGCAAGCUUUGUGAUGGCGUCCCUGACUGUAUCAAUGGCGCGGACGAACGGGAAUGCCCAGAUGAGCCAUGCCGAGGAAAGUUCCGGUGUAACACCAAGCGGUGUGUUGACUACUCGCGAGUAUGCGAUCCUGAGGGCUUUGAUGACUGCGGAGACAUGUCUGAUGAACAAAACUGUCCAGGUUCAAAGAAAUCUACUCCAAAGACGACCGUGAGUGUGGACGCAGACAUGACGAAGGACGAUGAUGAUGAAAGCAUGAUGUGGCUAAAGACCACAGUGUAUACUGUGAUUGCCUGCACUGUGGGCAUUGUACUCUUGAUCUCCAUUGUGGUCAUUGCAAUAUUCAGAAUCAAAAUGAAACGCGCUGCAGAAAGACGGGCGUUACGUCAUGCGGAGCGUCGCAGGAGGCAAACUCAUCGGUGCGAGAAUCAUAGUAACCAGUCUAGCUCAAGGGCACGCAGGAAUGACGCUGUGGAGCAUGAGCCUUUCAUUUCGGCGCCCUCGCCGACACAUUAUGGAAAUAUCAUUGUGAAUGUUAACAAUGGAGUACAGUAUGUACCGAGUGCAGAGUUUAACACUAUAUUGCAGGCGCCCCCUCCUUAUUCAGAAGUUAUUACGGAGAAUAGGAAUGAUGACGCAAUUGGACGUCACUCUCCUCCGCCGGAGUAUAGCACAAUAGAUAGAAAUCCUAACAGAACUAGUCAGUUAUGUCCUGAAACUGAGGAAUCCCCACCAUUACAGAGUAAUGGUAGUGGUAUUGUAAAUAAUAGUAGUAAUAUAAAUAAUUGUGCCAAUAAUAGCAAUACAGAAAGUGUGACAAACAGUAUGAGCCACAAUGAUAUGCAGUUAUUUGAAGAAAGGGAGGGGGAGACUCAAUUUAAUCGUGUUCGGCCUUCCCAGCGGAGUUCGACCCCUCCUCCGAGGUUGUCUCGGUUACCGACUGGUUCCUUGAACAGAAUGAGAAAUGACCGUGGUCGGGACGGGAGACAGCCGAGAAAUGUGCGAUCUGUAGGGUCAGCAUUACGACCCAAACAACUCAAGGUCAUGGACGGACAGAUUGUUUUGGACGAUAACUCAUCAGGUUCAUCUUCUCCCGAGACUGUGAAUCGAAACACUCAAACUAACCCAGCAGAUAUUUCCAAUAGUAAUAAUAGUAGUCAAAAUGGUGCCAAACCAGCCCCAGUGGCCCAAAUUCAGGUGCAAAGUGGCCAAAUAGUCUUGGCAACUGGGGCGUCAGAAUUGGCAGAAUCUAGUUCACACUCACCAGAAUCUAGUUCACAAUUGCCAGAGGAGGCUAGUACUUGUAGUGUAGAGAAUGCUCAAGGUCAAGGGGAGUUGGAAGUGAAAGAUGGUCAGAUUGUGUUCAAAUCCUCGGCCUCGUGAAGUAUCUGGAACCUGUAUGUAGUCAUUAACUUGUCUCAGUGAUCUGGUUGUUUUAAUUUCAUAAUAAAGGAAUUCUUGUAAAUGAUUUAAACAUGUGACAAACUGACAUUUAUCAGUGUUUUGGUCUAUAUUUUCUGCAGUUAUGGGAUAGUUCAAACCAAAUAAUUAUAAGUGGUUGUGAGUCUUGAUAUUACAAUAUAUUCACAUUACACUGUAAACAUUUUUUAGUUAUGCACAAAAUAUGCCUCUCCACUUUAUGUGGUUUAAUUUGCACCAUUUAUUUCUUCCGAAAUGAUGUUUUGUGAAUUGGUACACACUUAUUUGAGUAAAUUUCGUAAACGAAUGAUACAUAUUGAGCCGAUUGUUUAUAACUUUGUUAAAGUUAACAAUGUGAUUAACAAAAUCGUUCAUAACACUUAAGUUCAGCUUAAACUUUUGUCUCUCUCUCACCUUGUAAUAACCACAGCAGAUUAUGUGAGUAUCCAUAAAACUUCUAGAGCAGUAACGAUUUGCAAGUUAACAAAGAUGGGGCUAACAACUUUGUUAACUUGAACAAAGUUCUGAACAAUUGGCUCAUAAGUCUGUGCAUUACAUUUAAAUUAUUUGGACAAAAAAAGUUUAUCUUUGCUGUAGAUAUGUGCUGAAUAUUGCAAAUACAAGCAAUAGAUUGUAACGUAAUUAGCAUAGGGAUUGUUGCUGCUGGUGCCGCUGUUGCUGCGUUAUUUGAUUAUAGAUGUUGAUGUUAUGUUAUUAAAGUAGUGCCAGUAUAAUUAUUUUGUAUGACAGUAUAUUGAGUGUAAUUGUGUCGAAGAUCCAUGCGUUAUGAAGCAAUAGAAAGCUGUACUUUUUCACAAUAAAACUUUCUUAACUUGCUAUGGAUUUGAUAACUGAUUUUAAAUUUAAGAAUACCUCACUUAUAUAUAAAUGCUUUUUUAUAGUUACUGCAUUGUUUACCUAGCAUUUUAAUAUGGUAUAUGUUGUCCCUAUUAAAGCUGACUUUGCCAAAUUUUAUCAUCUGUAGUCUACUACACGUAUAAUAUAGAAGUUUAUGUAUAAUACCUAUUAUGCACCUUGCCAUUAUAAUAUAAACAUACAGUAUCUUGGGCAUUCAUUACCUCCAUAAAGCAUAAAUGUUGUUGAAUUUCUUGAUCAUUCAUCAUUUUAUGUGUGCAGGCGCUCCAGCGUUCCGAUGUUUUCCCAUGUUUUACUUUUUCCAACUUUUAGCAUUCAAAAGGCCUCUUAUGUUUCUACUCUUGUUACAAACUAUGAUUCCAAUUGUUUUGGUGCAAAAUGCUGAUUUAUAGAUAAAUGUUUAUUUUUAUUUUAAUACCUCCUGAUUCUGAGCUGCACAUAAAUAUUGGUCAUUUGAAACAUUUUCGACAUUGUAGAUUGCCUUAUGUGUAUAAACAUUUGAACUAUUUAAAUUCUGUCGUUCAGGGUUUUGAUUCAUCAUAGCUUUAAUGAAAUAGGUAUAAGACAUAAAAAAAUGUUUAUUAAGAUAGGAUAUUGAUAUAGAAUGAUCUUAAACUGAGGAACAAAAUUCCGUAUUUUCCUACUUUUUGUCACCAAAUACUCCAACUUUCUCCUUCUUUUUGUCAUGAAAACCUACUUUAUUCCUACAUUUAUAUUGGACACUGCUCGAGAGCCUGUGUUUGUUUUUUAUGUGUUGGAUAAUGUGCUGAUUUCAUGAACUUGAUACAGUCAGUCAGACUUCACCUGGGCUUUGCUAAACUAAAGGAAGUACAUAACUCCCAAAAAUGGGUUAAACUUCUUGUGUUGAGUCCUUGGAAUUUCAAAAACUUCCAAAAAAUUUAUCAAAACUUCCAAAGGGUUAGGGUUACGGCUUGGAAGUUUAAAAUAUCAAUAUCUUGUGCCCAUGUUAUUUUUAUUGUCACAUUUUUUAGCAAUCUUCACAUCAUUUUCUUGAUAAUUAUUUGAAUAUAAAUGUGUGAAGUUAGUAAGUUAUUGUCACAGAUUAUUUAGUUUUUAACUUUGUGUUCGAAAAGGCUUAAACUUCUGACACUUCAGAGAAAAAAAUCCAAAUUUUAUGAGAAGAAAGUUCAAACUUCAAGUUUCAAAUACUUAAUGGGAGCCUUAGGCUGUAUUCAAUGACCAAUUUAGAUUGAACUUAAUUUAAGAUUUGAAACUAAGUGUUUUGAUUGGCCUGUAUAUUUGACUGACCAAUAGGCUGAAUGGAAUCACUGAGGCAUGUUGACGGAUAAGGAUAAGAUCAAUAUUGAAUACUGUCCUUGCUUCAACAUAAUUAUGAAGCCUCUUCUUACUACAUGUUAAAUGUUUUUUCUUCAAUAGUUUAUGUUUUCCCUUCAAUAGUUUUAUGAGUUUGUUUUAUUUUUUUAUUUUUUACCAGUUCUGGGGAAGACACCCUAGCCCUUUUGAUGGGGAUAAAAAGAAGGGCAAAAAAGCCCUGUUGGAAAGUUAUUUCAGUUCUUGUUAUUAUAUAUCAUUGGUAUAAGAUUGUUUCAACUUUUUUCACUGUUUAUGAUGCAAAGAAUCAAUGUUUCAAAGCAAUAUAUUAUAUCAGAUUAUUUUAUAUAUUACAUUUUUCAUCAUGGACGUAGUCAUAGUUUUGAUCUGAUGAUGACAUAAAGUCAUAGUUUUGAUCUGAUGAUGACAUAAAGUCAUAGUUUUGAUCUGAUGAUGACAUAAAGUCAAAGUUUUGUUCUGAUGAUAACAUAAAGUCAUAGUUUUCAUCUGAUGAUGACAUAAAGUCAUAGUUUUCAUCUGAUGAUGACAUAAUGAAUCUUUUGAAUUUUACCUUGUAUGACAGAAUGAUUGAAUAAUUUUGUGUAUUAUGAACUGUUAAUUAAAUAUAUCUAACUUAAGGAAUAUGGGGGCCGUUUCAAAAAGAUCUCGGUGGAUGUUAGUCGUAAAUUAAAAUUAUCUUUAUGGCAAAAGAUUCAUCAUUUUGCUACAUUGCUGGUAUUUGUGUUUAUUACCAGUAUGAUCAUUAUUUAUGUACAAAAAUCUGGGAAAUAAAAAAAAUGAAUGAGUUGCCAUUAGGGAAGUUAAAUAAAGAUUUAAGAUUAUUGAAGUUCUGAACUAUUGGCCCAUUUUUUUGUUGACAAAUUGGAGAUCUCUGGUUAUUAUGAUAAUUAUAUUUGGCCACAUAAUAUAAUGAUUUACGAUUAAUUAUUAAUGUUACUUUGGGUGUCCUUGCAAUGCAUAAUAAGCUUGAGAUUGGAUUACCUAGCUUGAGCAUUGCGUCAGGGACUCAGUUUUCUGAGUUGGGGAAAUCUCUAAUUUGAGGACAGUUGUUAAUGCCAGGUUGUUUUUUUUGAAUCUCGCAUCACUGAAUAUAAUAAAACAUAGAUCUGGGUAUAAUACUUAGUUUUCAAUUACUGGAACUUAUUGAUAAAGAUCUGCAGCUAAUAAUGCCUAAUCUUGAUUCCUCUGCUGUUCCCAGUAAUUUUUAGCUCAUCUGUUGAACAAAGAAAAAGGUUGUGGACAAUGAAAAAAAGUUGUGCUUUUGAAGUCUAUGUCAAAACCAAAUGCAUUUUUUGGGGUUGCUCUUGGUAAGUUGAUACUUUAAAGCUGCGUUCUCACAGAUUGACAGUUUUGACAUUUUUGUAGUUUUUUUCUCAGAAUUGGCUUAUUUUGGUAGCAUAUAAGAUAACUCACAGUAGAAUAGAUCUCAAUUGUUUGGAAAAAUGCUGAAACACUAAGCGUUAGUAAUGCUUUGAAAAACCUUAUAUAUUUAAAACUGCAAUCUGAUCUUUACAGAAGUCUUAUAUCACCGGUUGCCGGACAUUUACACAGAAAUUGGCUUUUUCCAGGCAAGACUAAAAUUAAAAAAGUGUCUCAUUGUGAGAGGGUAGCUUAACAGUGGCAUUUUGAGAAAAAUACAUUGAGUGCCCUAGUUGUAUAUUAAGCAACUUUAUAACUACUAAGGGUAUUUUGAAUGUUAAUCUGAAUGUAAGUUAAUACAAAUUAUGCUGUAAUUGUAUUUUGUAUUUUAAUAGGUGUAUUAUAAGCAGUUUGAAGGUAUGAUUGUAUAUUUGAUAUUAUUGAUGUCAUUGGAAAUGAUAUAUAUAUGAUUAUUUUACAUAGCACAUAUGAAGAAAUAUUGUUGCCAAAUUUAUAUGAAAUAUAUGUAUAAGA